AUGAGUCACGCCUUCUCCGAUCAAGCUCUCCGCAGCCAAGAACCCAUCAUCAAAUCGUACAUUACGCUUCUGAUCUCAAAGCUGCAGGCCAAAGCAAACACUGAUACCCAAGUGGAUAUCAUGCGCUAUAUCAACUUUACUACCUUCGAUAUCCUUGGGGAUCUAUGUUUUGGAGAGUCCUUUGGGGCGCUGGAAUCGGAAGAGUACAGCGAGUGGAUGGCCAAUCUCUUCAAAGGCGUCAAGCUUGUCCCCUUUGUCAGAUUGGCCAGGAUGUAUCCAAUCAUCGGUUUACCCUUCUGGCUAUUGACGAAAAUAUUUCCGCAGAUAAUGGCAGCGAGGACCAUGCAUGAGAACCAUACUGUCGAGAAGACGGCUAAAAGGAUGGACACGAAGACUGAUCGAAAGGACUUCAUGAGCUACAUUCUGAAACAUAACGACGAAAGAGGCAUGUCGCGAGAAGAAAUCAUGCGCACCUCAGGCAUCCUCAUCGUCGCCGGUAGCGAGACGACGGCCACCCUUCUCAGUGGAGCAAUGUACUAUCUACUUGCAAACCCUACAUGGCUCCAAAAGGUACAAGAGGAGCUCGACAAUGCGUUCAAGACAGAGUCCGAGAUAACAUUCGCGCCGCUGGGCCAGCUGGAAGUCCUCAAUGCUGUCCUCACGGAGACUCUCCGCAUGUACCCUCCUGUGCCUGUCAUACUUCCCCGCGCUACCGUGAAAGAAGCCGCAAUGGUUUGCGGGACGUUCAUCCCAAAAGGCUCUACCGUAGGCGUCACCCACUACGCCGCGUCUCGCUCGUCGCACAACUUCAAGCAUCCCGACGUUUUUGCCCCGCAAAGGCAUCUCGGUGACCCGGAGUUCAAAGAUGACAAGCGAUCGGUUAUACAGCCGUUCUCUGUAGGACCAAGAAAUUGCAUCGGCCAGACCAUGGCGUGGCUUGAAAUGCGAGCCAUUCUCGCGAAUCUACUGUGGAACUUUGACAUAGAGCUUGUGGAUAAGUCGCAGAAGUGGGAUCAGCAUAAAGUAUUCAUCUUGUGGGACAAACCAGCACUCAUGGUCAGGUUAAAGACAAGGACACACUAG